UCUAAUUAGCAGCGUGUGCCGGUAAAGAAACUCAGUGGAGCGACCUCACCAAGGCGCAAAGGCAUCUAGUAGCCACUUCACCUGUGUGAUGACUUAACUGUGUGAACUCCGACUUUGGAGAAGCACUUCGGAUGAUCGGUGCGCUGCAGUGUUCUCUGCUGCUAAGCUGACAGACAGUAAAAGCUAAAACUGCAGGUAAAAAAAAAAGUCACUUUGACUUGUUUCUGGUGAUCUCCGACGCGUCCCGCUUCUCUGCGCAGCGGGUUGGAUUCGACGCACCGACUUGUUGCCUCAGCUGAGCUCUGAGGGGUCCUCGGCUGUUGUGUUGCGUGUUCGACAGACAAGUCAGCGACAGGACUUAAAAGCCUGCUGUAAGGAUGAUGUCCUACAUAAAGCAACCCCAUUACACCAUGAACGGGUUAAAUUUGCCUGGCCCCGGAAUGGAUGUGCUACACACGACCGUCGCUUAUCCUUCCACUCCCCGGAAGCAGCGUAGAGAGCGCACCACCUUCACCCGGACACAGCUGGACAUCCUGGAGGCACUCUUCUCCAAGACCCGCUACCCAGACAUCUUCAUGAGGGAGGAGGUGGCCCUCAAGAUCAACCUGCCUGAGUCACGUGUGCAGGUUUGGUUUAAAAACCGCCGUGCCAAGUGCCGUCAGCAGCAGCAGCAGAGCAGUGGCCAGUCCAAGCCCCGCCCUCCCAAGAAGAAGGCCUCUCCAGCACAGGAACCCAGCGCCCCUGAUCCUGUUCCAAACCCAUCUGGCUCUUACAGCCCCUCCUCUGCCCAGUCAGGCCCCAGUCUGGCCCCAAGCUCCAGCACUGGAAACACUGCCGUGUCCAUCUGGAGCCCGGCCAUCUCGCCUCUCCCUGACCCCCUGGCCUCCUCAGCCCCCUGCAUGCAGCGGCCCUCACCUUACCCUAUGAGCUAUGGCCAGCCGUCAGCCUACACCCAAGGCUACGCCAGCACCACCUCCUACUUCACUGGCCUGGACUGCAGCGCCUACCUGUCCCCCAUGCACUCGCAGCUGUCGGGCACCGGGGGCGCUCUCAGCCCCAUCACUGUGCCCUCAAUGGGGGGCUCCCUAAGCCAGUCCCCGGCCUCACUGUCUUCACAGGGCUACAGCACUGCCUCCUCCCUGGGCUUCACUUCGGUUGACUGCCUGGACUACAAGGACCAGCAGGCCUGGAAACUGGGCUUCACCACAAUGGACUGCCUGGACCACAAGGACCAAAACUCCUGGAAGUUCCAGGUCCUCUAAAAAGUGUUCAUGUGCGUUGAUGAGUCCCAUGUGAGAUAGUAUGAAGCAGAUUUUGUUUUUAUUUUAUCAAGGCCACCUCUGUAGAAAUGCAUUUCAUUUGAAUGACUUUGGAGAUGAGGGGACCCAUAACUGUUAUUGAUGCUGCCUGACUGCAAAUCAUAUCUGUUGUCUUCUUCAUGCUACGUUAAAUAAGAGAACAAAAGCCUUUAAAAAGUCUGUAGGGAAAGACUGGAGUCCUUCGUAUGGAGACACACUGAGCCAUCUCUCCUUUGAACAUGACUGUCUGACUAUAUACUAGCUCAUUUUAUUUCCAUGUUGCGUUGUCAUAGAGUGAAAGGAGAGCUGCUUUGACAGGAAGGAGCUCAGAAGUCCUUUAGAUCACUUCCUCCUUCAGGGUUGAAUUAUUUUUCGAGUUAUUUAUUCUUAUUUUAAAUAUGUACUUUGGUUGCAUCUAGAUACUUUUGAGCAUUUGUGUUCCGUAUUAUUCAGUGUUAGCCUUUAGUGUUAUCAUCCCGAUCUGUUUUGAUGGAAAACUUAGAUCUUCUGUUUUAGUUGUGUGACAUAUUAAAGUGAUCUAUUCUUUA